AUGGACGUCAAGACUGUCGAAUUCCAGCCCUUUCAGGACCAGAAGCCCGGAACCUCCGGUCUUCGUAAGAAGGUCUCCGUCUUCCAGCAGCCCAACUACAGCGAGUCUUUUGUCACCAGCAUACUGCUGUCCAUCCCCGAGGGUGCUGAGGGCUCCUUCCUCGUCAUUGGUGGUGAUGGCCGCUACUGGAACCCCGAGGUCAUCCAGCUCAUUGCCAAGAUUGGUGCUGCCUACGGAGUCAAGAAGCUCCUCAUCGGCCAGAACGGUAUCCUGUCUACCCCUGCUGCCUCGCAUGUUAUCCGCCUCCGCAAGGCCACUGGUGGUAUCCUCCUGACGGCCAGCCACAACGCCGGCGGUCCCAAGAAUGACUUCGGAAUUAAAUACAACCUGGCCAACGGCGGCCCAGCCCCCGAGUCAGUGACCAACAAGAUCUUCGAGGCAUCCAAGACGCUGAAGUCGUACAAGAUCUCCUCGAUUCCCGACGUCGAUAUCACGACUCUGGGCACCAAGACCUACGGAAACCUCGAGGUCGAGGUGAUCGAUAGCACGGCCGACUACGUGGCCAUGCUCAAGGACAUCUUCGACUUUGACCUGAUCAAGAAGUUCUUCUCAUCGCACGCGGACUUCAAGGUCCUCUUCGACGGUCUCCAUGGCGUCACGGGCCCGUACGGCAAGGCCAUCUUCGAGAAGGAGCUCGGCCUCACAGGCGCCACGCAGAACUGCGAGCCCAGCCCCGACUUCAACGGCGGCCACCCGGACCCGAACCUGACGUACGCGCGCUCGCUCGUCGACGCCGUCGACUCGGCCAACAUCCCCUUCGGCGCCGCCUCCGACGGCGACGGCGACCGCAAUAUGAUCUACGGCGCCAACGCUUUCGUCUCGCCUGGUGACUCGCUCGCUAUCAUCGCCCACUACGCCUACCUGAUCCCUUACUUCAAGAAGAACGGCGUCAACGGCCUGGCCCGCUCCAUGCCCACCUCGGCCGCCGUCGACCUCGUAGGCAAGGCCCAGGGUCUGACCACCUACGAGGUCCCCACCGGCUGGAAGUUCUUCUGCGCCCUCUUCGACGCCAAGAAGCUGUCCAUCUGCGGAGAGGAGAGCUUUGGCACCGGAAGUGACCACAUUCGCGAGAAGGACGGUCUCUGGGCCAUUGUCGCCUGGCUCAACAUCAUUGCCGGCAUCGGCAUCGAGAAGCCCGACGUCACCCCUUCCAUUAAAGAGAUCCAGAAGGAAUUCUGGACCACCUACGGCCGUACCUUUUUCACCCGUUACGACUACGAGAAUGUCGACUCUGACGACGCCGCCAAGGUCGUCGGCGAGCUUCAGACUCUUGUCAAGGACCCCAAGUUUGUCGGCAGCAAGAUUGGGGACCGCACCGUCACCGACGCCGGCGACUUUUCCUACACCGACCUCGACGGCUCCGUCUCCUCUAACCAGGGCCUGUACGCCCGCUUCUCCACGGGCAGCCGCUUCGUCGUCCGCCUUUCUGGCACCGGAUCCUCGGGCGCCACCAUCCGCCUGUACAUUGAGCAGCACACGACCGACGCCUCGACCUACGCCCUCGACGCCCAGGACUUCCUCAAGUCAGAGAUUAAAUUCGCCACUGAGCUGCUCAAAUUCAAGGACCACAUCGGCCGCGACGAGCCUGAUGUCAAGACUUAG